CCCGUUGGUGCACGCUCGCAUCGCAAGCAGGCCUCCCUCCUGCCGCUGCCGCCUCCCCUCAUCGUCUCUCUCGCCCUCUCACUCUCCCUGCUCCCCUCGUCGCCUCUCAAGCCCUCUCACUCUCGCUCCCCUCGUCGUAUAUCCCUCCCUUUCACUCUCCUGCUCCCCUCGUCGUCCAUCUCGCCCUCUCACUCUCUUCCUCCCCUCGUCGUCCGUCUCGUCCUCUCACUCUCUUCCUCCCCUCGUCGUCUCUCUCGCAAGAAACUCAAGAACAAGUCUUCGGUCUCUUCCUCUCUCGGUCGUGCAGCAAAUCCGUGUGGGGAAACACGGAUUUCGGCAAUUUAAACCGAUUCUGAAAGUAUCUUGUGGCUCGCCCUGUUACCGCAGGUCAGGAAAGAGAAAAGGAAACAGAAAGAGAGAGGACGACGAUCCCGGAGGGAAGGAAAAUUGCGUGGCUUUCUCUGCAGGAAAUAAUAUUUCCAGAAAUAUAUUUCCAAUUCCAGAUUUCCAGGCCAUCAAACGACCCCUAAAGCAAUAGGAAAAUAUGCUAUAAAUUCUCUGGCUGAAGGAGUCGGAGCCCCAUUCGUGCUGAGGACGGAGCAAGUUUUUGGGAUUUUUGCAUCCACCCGCGGGGACAGAGAUAGAGAGAUCAGGCACGCAAUCACCAUGUCGAAGAGAGACAGAGGGACGAGGCAUACCAUGACGUCCAACAACAACCUGAAACCGGAAAACCAGAUGGACUCCGAUCAGAGUUCUUCAUCUGAAGAGGAAGAGGUAGAGAGAGAGCUCGCGGAUUUUAGCUUCGAGGAGCUUCACAGGGCUCGAUCCAGCGGGUUCGUCUCCGUGAACUUGAAGAAGGAUUCAACCCAAAAUAAGCACGCAAGAGCGAACAAAAACAGGCCGAUGGAGGCUAGCAGCAAGAAGCCUGCGAAGAGGCUCAGACAAGUGAUUGAGGUGCCCAAAAAGGAAGUGCGGGACCCACGGUUUGAAUCUUUGUGUGGAGACCUUGAUGUUGAUGGGUUCAGAAAACGUUAUGGCUUCCUGUUUGAGGAGGAACUACCUAAGGAACGAGAGAAAUUGCAAAAGAUGCUGAAGAAGUCAAGGGACCCAAAGUCCGUUGAAGAAUUGAAAGGACACAUCUCGUGGAUAGACAAGCAACUAAAAACUGGAUCUGCAAAGAAACUUGAUUCUAGAAUACUAGCAGAACACAAGAAAAAGGAAAGGGAAGCUGUAAAACAUGGAAAGCGUCCGUUUUACCUGAAAAAAUCACAAGUGCGGGAGCAACGGCUGAUAGAGAAAUAUAAUGAACUCAAGGCAAAGGGAAAGCUUGAGGCUUUCAUGGCAAAGCGGCGGAGGAGAAAUGCUUCCAAAGGACAUCGGAAUAUGCCAUAUCGCCGGCUUGGUGAUGGCGAACAGUAGCAGUCUGUUGAAUAAAAGCAUAGAGAGCUAGUGCUGUGCAUGAAAUUAAGGGAUGUUGGAAUUUGGAAGCUGCUGAGUGGCUGAAAUGCUUUCUUUUGCUCUUAUCGAGCUUAGGAGGGUGGCAGUUACCUAUUGAAGUAAAUUAAGACCACAGAAAAGUGAUCAUUCUGGCUGCCGGGAAUUUGAGGAAGUUGAGAAGGGAUGUGAGAAAUUCCUGAAAAAGGUUGGAAAGGGGAGUAAUCUAUUUUGCAGGGAAUACAGGAUGUUACUCUUGGGCAUGUUUUACCUGUAAUUUGUUUCCUCCAAGGCUUUGGUGCCUUACAGGGGAUCCCUGACUUUUCACGAAUUAAACAGAAUCAUUAAUUUCAUCCUUGUCCAAUGACUGAAUGAUGUUGAGUUAGAUCAGUUGAAGGAUUUUUGCAA